UCUGCCUCAUUCGUAAUUGUCACAGGCAGCGGUACGUGAGUUCCCUCGGUGUUUUUCCGAUCUGGAUAUCUAUCAUCAUAUCGGUAUGAACGUAAGAGGUGGUCGCCACAACAUUCGCCUUCUCCUUGCUUUCCUUUUUGGGUUGAAAAUCGUGUUUGUUCUGGCCACGUGUCGCACUCUACAAGUCCUGGAUUGUGUCGCUGGCAUGUCGUUACCAGUCUACUACACGCUUGCAAACCACAGCACUAUAGCGGACACAACACAGUGCGAAACCAAGUGCUUUCUAGAACAUUCCUGCCUUUCCUACAACCUCGCAACAAGCUCAGGAGUCUGCGAGCUUAACUACGCUGACAACGUCACUAAUGGGGCGAGCUUAGUGGCCAGGCCUGGCUUGAGCUAUUGCGCUUUCAAGAACCCGUGUGUGUCCAGUCCAUAUUCCGGUAAUUCGGUUUGCGUUUGGGAUGUUGGUUCUCAAGUCAGCUCAUAUUCAUGCAUCUCGCCACCAGAAUGGGAACAAGCUCUAGGCCUGCAGUCCGGGAAGAUUCCGAACUCAGCGAUGACAGCCACGUCGAGUUGGGAUAGCCACCAUGGGCCGGAGCGAGGACGGCUAAACUUUGCAGACGACGGGCCUGGGGCGUGGUGCUCGCGCACGAAUAGUGCGGGGGAGUACCUACAGGUGGACGUGGGACAAGUGGUGAUCCUAACCAAGGUUGCAACUCAAGGAAGGAGGGACAUGGAUCAAUGGUUCACAACUUACGAGCUAAGUCUGAGCCUUAAUGGUCAACACUGGAUGAGCUACCCAGACGAACAUGGCGUUACAAAGGUAUUUACUGGCAAUUCGGAUCGAUCCACCGUGGUGAAUAACUCUUUGACAAGCUACCCAUAUGCCCGCCUCGUCCGAAUCAUCUACAAGACUUGGAAAAAUCACGCUUCUCUACGGGCUGAGUUAUAUGGCUGCCUUCUGUAGAUAACGUGUCGAUACGAGCUAAUAAUCAUAAAGCUCCCUUCCGUAGAUAACUUGUCGAUACGAGCUGAUAGUUAUAUAGCUGCCUUCUGUAGAUAACUUGUCGAUACGGGCUGAGUUAUAUGAAGGCAUUAAGGCCUUUGUUUCAUAUGCUUCGCAUUUUGACUUCUAUUAGUAUUAUCAUCUGCAAUAGGAGACUUGCGCUAAGAGAUCACGUCACCUUUUUGGGUGGCAAAUUCAAAACACGAAGAAAUAAAUUUUUUAAAUAAACUAAACCCUUUCUGAAAAAAAGGAAUUAUGGUUUAUUUUCGUAAGCGGUGAAUAAGUUGCUGUGUUUUGCUGUUAUUUUACAUCUAAAAGGCUGAGAGCGCGCUAGUUUGCCACCCAAACAGUCACGUGAUCUCUUAGCGCAAGUCCCCUAUUGGCACAAAAAAUAAAGGAUCCAUAGACUC